AAACACAAUCGGCCACCCGCACUGCGCACCGCGUGCCUUCUGGGCGUAGAAGAAGGUUCACCCCCCUUCGGCCCUCUCUUGGUCUUCCUUUCCCGGCGGCGAACGGCUGGGCGAGCGGCGGCGUAAUUCGGUGUUCGACGGGCCCUUCGCCGGCGACGAGCACCCACCAGCCAUGGCCUACACUGGGUCCGCCCCCGGAGAGAGGCCUAGGACUCGCCCUCAUGGCCUCACCCAGCAGAAGAGGCAGGAAAUAAAGGAAGCCUUUGAUCUAUUUGAUACUGAUAACUCUGGAACCAUCGAUGCCAAGGAGCUCAAUGUUGCCAUGAGAGCCUUGGGAUUCGAGAUGACUGAAGAGCAAAUCAACCAAAUGAUUGCCGAUGUUGACAAAGAUGGCAGUGGAGCGAUCGACUAUGAGGAGUUUGAGCACAUGAUGACUGCCAAAAUCGGAGAAAGGGAUAGCAAAGAGGAGCUUACAAAAGCAUUCCGCAUUAUCGACCAAGAUAGAAAUGGAAAGAUUUCAAACAUUGAUAUUCAGCGGAUUGCCAAAGAGCUGGGUGUAAAUCUCACCCUUGAAGAGAUCCAGGACAUGGUGCAAGAGGCGGAUAGAAAUGGUGACGGUGAGAUUGAUUUUGACGAGUUCACCAGGAUGAUGAGGAGGACCAGCUACGGCGUCCGUGGCAGGUGACGGUGAGACUGACUUUGACUGAGUUCACCAGGAUGACGAGGACUAGUAAACUUGAUUUCUGCACGGGUGCUCGAUGUUGUGCAGUUGUUCUAUAGCUACCGUUUGUGCUGUUAAUGUGUUUGGGUGCUGUAGUCACUCUGAAGUUGUGCUUCACAGUGGCAUAUGAUGUUAUUAGUUGUUCUAAAGACUCGUAUAAGAAUAAACACUGAUACCCCAUCAGUUUGUGAA